GGCGCCGCCAGGUGGCAGGCAGGUCAGCCCGUGACUAGCGCACGUGACGCCGUGCCGAACAAGGCUGGCGGGUGCCGUGGACGGGCCAAACCACCGGCGGCGCGGCGCGGCGAGCGGCGAAAGCGGGACGACUGCCGUCAGUUUUUCCCCAGUGCGCGGCGCGGCUCGCAGCGGCGGCAGCCGGCAGCGAUGAUGACCAGCCUGGAACCCGCCGGUGACAGGGAUCUGAACCUGAACCACGUGAAGGCGGCCGACGUGUUCGCCUCGCACGCGGUGGCCUCCGAGCGGCGGGUGUCGGAGGAUGGACCGGCCAUCAUGGAGGAAAUCAACCAGGGACAAAUGCUAGUUUUGGCAGCACUGAAGGAGACGAAAAUGGCGUACUCAAGGGACGAAGAGCGGUCUUUAAUAUCUUCAUUUAAUAAAGAACAACGCAAAUAUGGAAGUACUUCAACAUAUGUCAACAAACCUGAAAGGUUCAUUUCAUAUGAAAUCCAGCCCGGAGAUACAUUGCAAGGAAUAUCACUCAAGCACAACGUAACGAUGGAGCAGCUGAAGCGGGCCAAUAAGCUGUGGACCAACGACAGCCUGGCGCUGCGGCGCACGCUGCUGGUACCCAUUCCUCUGGAGCCGGGCGGCGAGCAGCAGGCGCCGCCGGCCGCCGGCGCCGCCGCCGUCCUCUCGGCCUCCACCAGCCUGGACAGCCUGCACUCGUCGUCGUCGUGUUCAACGCGCACCAACGGCGUGCCCCGGUCGGGCUCGCAGACGGAGCUGGACCGCUCGGAGCAGAGCGCCGCCGACUUCCUCAGCGGCAUCGACAGCGUGAUCGCCAGCAGCCGCACCAACGUCCAGAAGCUGGGCACCAACCAGCCCUGGGGCAGUGAAGCGGUGGCGUUCGCGCGAACCAAGUGGAAUAACUUUAACGACGACUUUGAUGAGUCGGCGGUGUGACGCGACUAUUUAGGCUGUCGGAGCUGGACGAAGACGUGCUGUUUGUCCGGCCGGCCCACUCCCGUCUGCGCCGUGACCUGUACCCUGACCCGGCGGCCGUGCCGGCCACGGCAGUGCGCGGACGGCGCAGCGACGCGCGACGGCGCACUGAGCAGCGGCACAACGACAUCUUCGAGCUCUGAUACAGGCGGCACAGCGACAUCCUCGAGCUCUGAAGCCUGUGCCAUGGCGAUACCGUCAAGCAGCUCCGAUAUCGUCACCGCUCGCAGCCAGACGACGCUGAUGCCGACAGAGGAAUCCCGCGUGGGCUGAAUGCUGUCGUGGUGGAGAGGGCGAUCCUACGAAGGGCGUUGGAUGAAGGGCCCAUUGGGAGAUUAUCGUCCUACUUAACGGUGCCCGCCACCUGCCGGCGACUGGCUCGGUGACAGCCUGGCAGUACGUCUGUGCAGUGGACACUCGGCCGAGACUGACAAUGACACCCGCAGUCCUCCGGCGCUUGGUGGGACAGCCGGACAAGCGCAGAGCUCGGGGAGGCCCUGGACCGGCGCAGAGCCCGGGGAGGUCCUGGCCCGGCGCAGAAUCUCAGCUGGUCGCGGUGCCGACUCGCCGUCCGGUGGUACCCAGCGCGGCUCGGCUCGGUUUGUGAUUUCGUUUGGUGCUUGCCCUCUGUUGCUUUACGUAGCGUGCUGGCAUUAUGUGGGUCGGUUUGAGGUGUCUGAGGUGGCUCAGAGUGGUCGUACGGAGUUAGGUGUUGUGAGUUCAGCGCCACCUGUCGGUAGUGAGAGAGGAGUGGUUGCGGCCUGGCCGGGGUUGCUGUUCUAAGCUUCCUCGGCUCUCCGUUGUGCGAUCUCUGUGAUGUGCUGAGACUGGAGGUGUGCGGAGCGGAUGUCUGUUGGCUGUUUCGUAUGAGUUUAGUGCGGGUGGCUGGGUGGACGCGACAGAGGGCGGUUUCCCAGCUGGUAUGCCCCGCGGGUCCCUCCGUCGGGUGGCUGCCCCCUAUGACGUACUCUAGUCGUCUGAUUAGCGUGCACGCUGGUGGGAUAUGUUAAUCGGGUUAGGUUCUGUUAACCGGUCGGGUAGGUAGUUUAUUCAGGUGAAGAUGCAACUCGUGAUGGGAGACUAGCCUCGUGCCCCGGGCAGGUGGCCACCUAGCGAUAACUAUCAAAAUGUCUAGUCAUGCUGUCUUAUGACAGGUGGCAGCACAUUUUACAGUGACAGUCAUGGGUGCACCUUAGUAAUAGAAAUUCUCGCAGAAAUGUUUCGACCACUGAGCUCGGAAUAUUUUAUUUAUAUCGGCCCUGCUGUGUUAACAUAUAUCCCGUAUAUACCCGCGCGCACAUUUGCUCAGUCGUGUUCCGACUAGCCCAGCGAGGACUGAGGAGCUCCCCACCCAUUUCGACCUUACCAAGUCGCAGGUGUCUAGCCAAUUCGAGACUCGAGAGCGUCGUUGCAUAUCGUGUAUUUGUCACGUUGUCAGGUUAUGUAUAGUAUGAUAUAGAAUGAAGUGCGAAUAUUGUGGACAUGCAGCCCAUUAAUGAUGGCGAAAUACAUUAUUUUAUGAGAUGA